AAUAAUAAUAAUAAUAAUAAUAAUAAUAAUAAUAAUAAUAAUAAAAAUAAUAAUAAAAAUAAAAAUAAUAAUAAAAAUAAAAAUAAAAAUGAUGGGUUAGAUAUGAAUUCAUUAAAAAAAGAAUUAGGGGAAAUAGAGGAAAAUGAAGUACCUGCUGAAGAAUUCUUUGAUCCAAAUGCCGAAAACAAACCUGAACCCAAAGAUGAUUACUAUAUUCAUAUUGAUAUCAAAAGCCAUAGAAGAUCUGGUGUUGAUGUUCCAUAUCGUAUUAAUACUUACAUGGUUCAAAAUGAUUGUUUUAAUCCUAAAAAACAAUAUACCUUUCUUUCAGAUAGAGAGGGUUUAACUAAUUUUUCCAUGAUGACUGAUGCUUUAAAAAGAGAGUUACUAGGUAUUAGCAACAGAUACUAUGAGUUAUGGAAAGUUAAAAGCUCUUUUACAAUUGAUCAAUUAGAUAAAUUUAUUACAGAUUUAAAUACUAAUUUUGCAGUUAAGGUAAAAAUCAUAAAAAUCGAAGACAAUGAACAUAACAUUACCAAACAUUUUACAAGAGGUCCAAGAAAACCACAUUAAAAAUAGUUUUUUUAAAAGAAAAAAUUAAAUACAUGUAUUUAAUAAAUUUAUAAUAAAAAUAAAAUUUUUAUUU